AUGACCGCGAAUUUCCAGCUUGAUGAGGAUCAAGUCAACGUGUCGAAGCCACUACGCAGGGAGCGAUUAAGAAUCCCUAGGGCGUGCGGGUAUUGUCGCUCCAAAAAGGUGAAAUGUGACGGUGGACGCCCUGUCCAAUCACCAUCUUUGUUUCAAGGUCACAUGGGAUUGAUGUGUGUUAUAUCUGCAGCGUGUGCCCGGUGCCAUGAAGGACAAAAGACAUGUACCUACACCCAGGAUAGCUUCAUCGACAAGCAACAAUCCCAGAGAGGAGCUCCGAAUAACAGACAGCCACAGCUCAUCCGCCCUGUGCCCAGAUUGCGGUCAAAUGUUGACGCUCAGAAAGCUCACUCGGUCGAGACUCCAUUGCCAAUCGAGUCUUCCACAAGGUCGAAUGACUCGGAUCAUGAACAGGACCAGAAUCUCGAACAGAACCCUAAUUCGGCUCAUGACCAUAGUCCUACAUACUACACGGCACACGGGCAAUUUGCUGAUCAAGUCGCCGCCGCGAUAGAUGCGAGAGCAGGUGUCGUCCCAGCUACAACUUCGAGCCUUAUCCCGUUUAUCAAUGCACCUCUGUUUGGAGAGAUCGACCUGGAUUCCCCGUUCAGUGCUCUCGAUCAUGCUGUUUAUUUGCCUCCCCAGGCACAGGCUGGUACCCUUGUCGAUAUAUACUGGGGAUACGUGGAUCCUGUGGAGCCCAUCUUGGACCGGGAACGCUCUUUUAACAACUAUACAGCAGCGUUUUCCCGACAGGGCGCGUCGUUUCUCGGGGAUCGCGAGCGUGCCAGAGCUCUCCUCCGUCCGGAAACAAUUUUAUGGAAGCCUGGGUCGCCAGAGCUGGUUCAGUGCUUGAUCAUUAUGAACCGGUUUCUCCACUGCACCAACAAUCCACAAAAGACAUGGCUGACGGCGGGUUUGGCGUUGCGAAUCUGCCAGAGUAUGUACUUUCAUGCUCCCGAGACCUCUUCUCGCAAAGAAAGGCAGUUGAAACACCAAGUCUGGGCCACCUGCGUUGCCAUGGACCGAUGCAUUUCAUGGUCACUCGGUAGGGCAUCAGCACCGUUCCUAAACAUCUUGCCCAACACGCCCGAUUCGAUAUCUUUCAGUGGGGAAGAUACCGAUGACUUUCUGAGGUCGGCGGAACUUCACGAAAUCGGCAACCAGAUUCACUUGGCACAGAUACAGACUCAGAAUAGUCCGGGUGAGAGGUUGGGUCUGCCCCGUCCGUAUCAACAAGCCGAGUACCAUGUGACGGCGGUGCAGCUAGAUCACUGCCUCAAUAGGUGGGAACAUGGCCUACCUAUUGACUGGAAGUUGGAGAGCCUUCAGAAAGUCGUUGACCGGACUUCUCGAUCAAGGCGAUAUGUGCUUCAUGUUCGGCCCAUGCUUGCAUGCUUCUGCGCGAUGAGAUCCGACACGGCAACUUCCAGCAUUCCCAGCCUGGGGGAUCGGCUUGUCCGAGAAGGUGCCAGAAUGUGUAUCGAGGCAGCGCAAAAUAUGACGUCGUUGGUCAUCGAGACACUCGAGCCGGACAAGUCAAUAGGCCUCUUACCUUGGUGGCUCCGGAUUUACUGUCUACACAUUGCGGGCACCCACCUUUUGGCUGCCAUGUUUAGGUCAGACCUGUACACUGACAGUGUGUUGCAAUCCUGGAACAACACGUUGUCGGCCCUCCGUGCCCAUGAGCACCUGAGUUCAUAUGUCCAACAGUGCAUCCGGACAUUUGAGAUGCUCUCCACAAGGAUCCUGGACACACGAUAUCCCAAUACAGACGGCGGCCACGGCAAUGGAGAUGGACCACGCACGCAAGGGGCUUCAGACGUCUUAUCUGACGAUAUUUUUGCUGAUAUCAACUUUGAUUUCGACGGCUUUCUCUUUGGUACAAGCGAUCAACUUGAGACACAGCUGGCUGGGUGA